AUGGCCCUACUCGGUCGGCGGAGAUCCUCGUUCCUGAAGCUGGCGGCCGUCUGCGGGGUGCUCUGGUUUAUGGCCGUUUUCGUAUUGUACUCGGACGACGGGAGCCGCGCAACGGCCACGGGCCCGAGUGGUAGCGGUAGCGGAUCGGCCGCCGGUGUUGGAGCAGGAGCAGGGUCCGAGUAUGAGCCACCGCGCCGGUUAGCCCUCGAGGGCAUCCGGAAUCGGUUCAAUCAGUUCAUGGAAAACGCCCGGCAGGACGCGAACCGGCCCGAACCGGCCGAACAGCCCGACGAGCCGGAACCGGAAGACGACCAGCAGCAGCAGCAGCAGCGGGACGUGAAGUUUGUGGACCGCAACGAGCUGGUGGACGAGCGAGAAGUCGAUCUGGAGGAGCCACCGGUGCUGAAGACGGUGGCCAAGCACGUUCCGUCGAAGCCGAGCCGGGGGCCGGAGAACUCACCGGGUGGUGGUGCUCUACAACUCCCCGGUGUUAUUGCACCGCCCGCUCCCGAUGGUCCCGGUGAGCUCGGUAAGCCCGUCGUCCUACCGAAGGAGCUGUCGCCGGACGUCAAAAAGCUGGUCGACGAAGGUUGGGCCAACAACGCAUUCAACCAGUACGUGGCGGACAUGAUCUCGAUCCGGCGCACGCUGCCGGACCCGCGGGACGCGUGGUGCAAGGAACCGAACCGCUACCGGGACGAUCUGCCACCGACGUCGGUCAUCAUCUGUUUCCACAACGAGGCGUGGUCGGUGCUACUCCGCACCGUGCACUCGGUGCUCGAUCGCUCCCCCGAACAUCUGGUGAAGGAAGUCAUCCUGGUCGACGAUUUCUCCGACAUGCCGCACACACAAAAGCAGCUGGAGGAAUACUUCCUGGCCUACCCGCGGGUGAAGAUCGUUCGGGCGAGCAAACGCGAGGGUCUGAUCCGUGCCCGGUUACUCGGGGCCCGUCACGCGACCGCACCGGUUCUGACGUACCUCGAUUCGCACUGUGAAUGCACCGUCGGAUGGUUGGAACCGCUUCUGGACCGUAUCGCACGCAACUCGACGACGGUGGUCUGCCCGGUGAUCGACGUGAUCGACGACAACACGAUGGAGUACCACUACCGCGAUUCGGGCGGUGUCAACGUCGGUGGCUUCGACUGGAACCUCCAGUUCAACUGGCACGCGGUGCCGGAUCGUGAAAAGCGGAAGCAUAAGAGCCCCGCUGAACCCGUCUGGUCGCCGACGAUGGCCGGUGGUCUGUUUGCCAUCGAUCGGGCCUUCUUCGAGCGGCUCGGCACGUACGAUUCCGGGUUCGACAUUUGGGGUGGCGAAAAUCUGGAGCUCUCGUUCAAGACGUGGAUGUGUGGCGGAUCGCUCGAGAUUAUUCCGUGUUCGCACGUGGGACACAUCUUCCGGAAACGCUCGCCAUACAAGUGGCGAACGGGCGUCAAUGUGAUCAAACGCAACUCGGUCCGGCUGGCGGAGGUGUGGAUGGACGAGUACGCCCAGUACUACUACCAGCGGAUCGGCAACGACAAGGGUGACUUCGGGGACGUGAGCUCGCGCAAGAAGCUGCGCGACGAGCUGAACUGCAAAUCGUUCCGCUGGUAUCUGGACAACAUCUACCCGGAGCUGUUCGUACCGGGCGAUGCGGUAGCAUCGGGCGAGGUAAGGAACAGGGGUUACGGUAAUCGCACCUGUCUGGAUGCCCCGGGCGGCAAGAGGAACCUGCGGAAACCGGUCGGCCUGUACCCGUGCCACAACCAGGGUGGCAAUCAAUACUGGAUGCUGAGCAAAACGGGCGAAAUCCGGCGGGACGAAGCGUGCCUGGACUAUGCCGGCGAUGACGUCGUCCUGUACCCGUGCCAUGGUUCUCGGGGCAACCAGUACUGGAAUUACUCGGACGAAUCGCACCUGCUGCGGCACGGUUCCUCCGACCGCUGUCUGGCGAUCAACGAGGCAAAGAACAAGCUGAUCAUGCAGGACUGCAAUGCGCUGGUCGAGGCGCAACGGUGGAACUUCCAGAACUACGACGCGAGCAAGCUGUGAAACUCGGCUGACCAACGACUGAGGUCGGGACGGUGGAGUGGCCCGCAGAACGGGCAGGCGAGAGAUUGGCGAGAGACCAUCGUAUCCCCAACAUCAACGUCAACGGUGAAGCAUCUUCCUUAAGACUUCUCUAGUUGGCUCGGGCGCUUUCGAGCGCUCUCGAAACCGCACCGCCUCGAGAUCGAGCAAAGCAGGUU